AUGACCAACAGUAUCAGCCAACACACUGCUAUCGGUGGAAGAGACCGAGUGAAGGAGAGAAACCUCUGUUACCAGGAUGUUGAGGGAAUCAAUGAAGAAGAUGACUAUGUUAAUACACCAGUACCUACUGUGGAUAAAGAGGCAGCCGCUCCAGACCAGAGGUUUCUCUCCUUCACUCGGUCUCUUCCACCGAUAGCAGUGUGUUGGCUGAUACUGUUGGUCAUCAUGGGCCUUCGUAUCUACUUUACUUCUGUCAUUUAUGAAAAUGACGGCAAGCUGAUGGAAGAAAACCAGAACCUGACAACACAAAAUAAGAAGCUGGAGAAUCUGAACCAGGAGCUGGAGAUGAAGAGGAACAACUUAACAGAACAAAUACAAAACAUGGAGAUGAACUGUAAUAAGCUCAACGUCAGUAUAGCUCAGUGGAUCGAUGCCUACUGCCACAAAAACUAUAAUGUGAAACAGAGUGAACCUUGUCAGGAUGGCUGGUCACUCACCGAGCCCAGCUGCUAUGCGGUUAAUGACGCUCCUAAUGAUGAGUUAACUUGGGAAGAAGCUCGAGAAGACUGCAGAGGAAAGAUUUCAGAUUUGGUUGUUGUACAUACUGAACAGGAGAAGGUCGUGAUCAAUGGUUACAGCUGGACAGGAGGGAAUGGAUACUGGAUCGGCCUGAGAGUUGAAGAUGGGAAAUGGAAGUGGAUCGAUGGAACUGAGCUGAAUCAAAGCUCCUGGAUAGAAGCUCCUACUGAAGGUCACUGCGCCUUUUCUGUCCAUAGCCAAGGAUGGAAAUCAGCGAUGUGUAAUGAGAAAAAACAAUGGAUCUGCGAAAAGGAAGCUUUAUCUGUUUGAACUAAUAAUAUUUUAUGCUUGAGAAGGUAACUGGAUACUCUUACAUGUAAUAUCAAGUGGCUCAUAAAUAUCAAACCAUGUAGAAUUCUACUUCACAGUUGUGUUUUUAAAAGAUAAACAAAUCUAGGGAUUUUAGUUUUACAGAAACAAAAUAUAUAUAAAGUUAACUAUUCUUUAAAGCAGACGCUCAUCUUUAAGGUGUAUUAUUGGAUAAUAAAGGUACUUUGUGUCUGACUAUGGACAUCAUGACCGG